AAUCCAGCAGCGGCAUCAUUCAGCAGAAACCUGAACAACAGUGAGAAUGUCUGGAAGAGGUAAAGGAGGAAAAGGACUCGGUAAAGGAGGCGCCAAGCGGCACCGUAAAGUUCUUCGUGAUAACAUCCAGGGAAUCACUAAACCUGCUAUCCGCCGUCUGGCUCGCCGUGGUGGAGUCAAGCGUAUCUCUGGUCUGAUCUACGAGGAGACUCGCGGUGUGUUAAAGGUCUUCCUGGAGAACGUCAUCCGUGAUGCCGUCACCUACACCGAGCACGCCAAGAGGAAGACGGUGACCGCCAUGGAUGUGGUGUACGCUCUGAAGAGGCAGGGCCGCACUCUGUACGGCUUCGGAGGUUAAAAUUGGCGUUCACGCAGCAAAACAAAGGUCCUUUUCAGGACCACCAUCUUCUCUUAUAGAGCUAAGUCCCGCUACAUGCAGUCUUUUGUGACUAGAAACGUUUUCUAUGUGACGUGGUUGCGCUUUGCUAAAUGAAGGAUUACCAAACUCGAGCUCGAUGCAGUCUUCCAUAUACAAGAA